CUGAAAGAAGCGAAUUCUACAAAGUUCGUGAUGGGCCAGUGUUUUCACCCAGACUGCAACCACACAUCUCAGAGCCACUGCUGCAGAUUCUUUACAUUUCCAGACAAGAAAAAGCACAAAGCUCUCUUCGAUAAAUGGAUAUCAUUUGUUAGGAGAGGAGACAGGGAGCCUAGUAAGCAUUCAAGAAUCUGCAGUUGUCAUUUCAAAGACGGCCGAAAACAAAAUAUGCCAACUAUAAACAACAGAAACAAGCAUAAACUUUUUAACAACUUAGACUUGCUACCAGGCAGUCAGCCCAAGCCUACACCUCCACCGAAGAAAAAACUAAAAAUGUCUGCAUCUCCAACAUUACCAACGGUAGCAUCUGUAGUUGAAGAAAUAAAAGAAAACACUGAACCAGAAUCCCCUGAUUGCCUGAACGAGGGAAGGAGUGUAAGCUUCAAUGAAACUUUGUUGGAAAUAGAGCUUGAUAUGACUUCAAGAGAACUCAAAAAACAUAAGGAAAUGUCAAGCUACUUUAGUGCACAUUACUCUGUAAAGAACUUGAGCCCAGAGGUUGUGAGGAUGGAGACAGGUCUUCCAACAAAGGAGGUUUUCAACAUUAUUGUAGGAUAUGUUUCAAGAUUCAAGGGUGCAAUAAAUUAUUAUGCUGGAUGGAAAGUUGAGGCAAUAACAAUUGAGGAUCAGAUAUUUAUUACUCUAAUGAAACUGAAACAAAAUUACACUAAUCUGCAUUUAGCACAGUUGUUUUCAUGCAGCGUUGCAACUGUUGCUAAUAUAGUAUUGACAUUUGUCCACGUGCUGCACUCCCUCUUGUUCAAAGAUAUCAUGACAAGUGUACCAUCAAAGGAAAAGAACAAGAUGUGCUCCCCUUCCCCUUUUGCUGAGUACACCAGUUGCAAGAUUGUGAUUGACUGUACAGACAUUGAGAUAGCUGCACCUAAAUUGAUGUCACAACAAAGUGCAACAUAUUCCACAUACAGAGGAUACAACUCCUUUAAGGUCAUAAUUGGGGUUGCCCCAAAUGGGGUGAUAACCUAUGUUAGUGAUCUAUUUCCAGGCUCAGUAAGUGACAAGGUUAUGGUUCAAAAGUCUGGACUCUGUAAACAUUUGUGUGUCGGUGAMCUGAUUCUGGCUGACAAGGGAUUUCUGAUUAGUGAUAUUGUUCCACGAGGAGUAUCAGUGAACAUUCCCCCCUUCCUUAAAAAUGGCAAGUUCACUGAGAGUGAGGCAAGAGCAACUAAAUCCAUUGCCCGGUGUUGUAUCCACGUGGAGCGUGUAAAUGCAAGGUUAAAAAGCUUCCGCAUUCUGGCCUUUAUCCCAGCCUUUUUGAGGUKUCAUGCAGACAAACUAGUCCAACUAUGUUCAGCACUGGUCAAUUUGCAAUUCCCACUGAUUAAGGAUKGCUGUGAAGAUUUUGAAUUUGACUAAACUUUUUUGUGAGGCUGUAAACUGUUUUUUUCUGUGUUAUCAGUUAAACUUGGGGCACCCAUGGUGUUGUCGAUGGAAGUUCUUACAUCCAAAGAUAAUGGCACCCAAAGCUUGAUUUGAUAGGCCAGUAAGGUUGAACUUGAAUUGAAUAUAAAAUAAAGAAAAAAGUAGUGA